AUGCAUUCUCACAUUCAAGUAUGCCACCGUGCGGUGGAGAAGCUCGUCGCCGCCGCAGACCAUACACGGGGUUGUCACGCAAAACUGAAUGUGAUACUUUCCCACUGGCUGGCGAUUAAACAUGGAGCAGAAUGUCACGGUCUCAAAAACCUGCAUUGGGGGCACCUCACAGAUGCGGGAGAUCUUAUACAUGGCGGUCACGGGGAUGUACCCGCCCUGUUGCUGCUGUGCAAGAUGCAGGAACGGAAUCACGGCACUCUUGCGGUGACUCCUCGGAAACUUGGGGAGAAUAACGUUGUGGAUCUCCUCAUAGCUCGCAGUGCAAAAGUCCCACAGGAUGCGGGUGUUGUUAGUGUCUGUGUUGUGGUGCCUCACCUCACCGUGAAUGAGACGGCGGGCGGGCCCCUCUAA